AAGCAGCCAGUACUUUUCGCACGGCGCGCGCUGCUCCGCAUAACUGAAUAGGCGCUUCUCUUAGUGCGUAUCAUCAAAACCGGCUGAACCGGGAACGAAGCAACCUAGACAAAACGUGGAGGGCUAUACAUCCCGCAGGUUCUGCACUGCCUGCUGCGGUUUUUGAUUUGUGCUAUAACAAGAUUGCUCUUAUAAUCAGCGUAUAAGAGUCCGCAAAGUGGACAACUCCCUUCACGCGACAAACCUCAGACUUAAACCAUGCGUUCCCGACCCUUAGUGAUUUUGUUUUCCUGUCUUGGAGCUUCAUGCCGAUGCCUGGCAGCCCCAAUUGGCUUAACCCAAACCCAAAAUCCGAUUGUGUGUGGCGUUGUCUUCACCGACUGCUCCGUAGAUGCUUCCGCUGCGACAUCUAGCUCUGUAAAACAUGAACCUACAUCCUCGUCGAAGAUUGCGGGCGCUGGAGCAUGUUGGAUACCUGGGGGCUGCUCGCAACCUUCGGUUAUUUUCUUUACGCCCGCCAUCAUCCCUUCUCCCGCCACAGCCUCGCUCUCACCAUAUAAUACGGCCGAGCCGACUCAUCCAAUGAUCCUACUCGACCCGUCUUCGCGCCCUUCUCAUGGUCAGGUAGUAUCAGUAUUCAAAAACCAGCAGCGUCAUCGGCACAGAGGGCGUUGGCGCGUUGUGCGACAAAACCCGGUUGUUAUCCUUUUCGAGGUGUUAGGCGGGUUAGUUGGGAUGGGUAUUCUGACUCUAUGCGGACGCACUGUGCAAAGUUACUACCGCACUCCACGACGAGAUCUCGUACGUGAUCAUAUGGACCGAUACAAUCUCGAAAGGGAACUUGCGGAGAUAGAAGUGGCCCGUAUGCGCAGCAGCAGCUUACCGCAGGACAGCUCAUCCGACGAACCGCCUCCAGCCUACCAAGAACCUCCGGAGUAUGGAGAGCAUCCAAAGCUGGUUCCCAGCACACCACGGUGUUGCCAAGACAGCCGAUAGCGGGAACAUAUUCCCAGUUUUGUUAUUUAUUCUAUGUCACGACGCGUGUUCGGGAUGUUAAUUAUAACUCUCACGAUUUUAGCACUCUUGGUUCGCUAUACUUGGUGAAC